AUGGAAUGGAAGAGCAAUAUUAGGCGUACCCAAUCGCUGAAGAGCCUCAGCUCGUCAUGUGACAAGCCAGUCUGGACGGAUGCGGGGCUGCGGGACAAGACGACGUCAGUGUCCCAAUUAGUGGCCAGAUAUCAAACUGCUGUGAAAGGGAACAAAUCCAUUCGAGGACCCUCAGUAGAUAAUGAUGACAGAAAGCCAAACCAGGUGCUAAAGGAGAUGACGCCAUCUCGACCGGAAAGUAAAGAGACUCAUCUGGAGUCUCUGAUGAGGAAAAACAGUGAGAAGGAAAAGUCUCGAGCCAAAACCAAUUUGACCCGCAGCAAAUCAAUGAGCAGCCUUAAAAGCAGCACAGGGUCCAUAGAGGCCUUGAGAGCUCUGUUUGAGUCAAAGGCCUCUCUUAAAAACAACGCAAAGACCAGCCUUAGAGCUGCAGACUUCACAUCAAGUUACACGACAGACGUGUCAAAGAUGAACGGAGAGGUUGAGGAUGUACAGAUCGCUGCGGAGGAACAGGAAACGGAAACAUGCACUGAUAAAACUGAUGUGAAGGAUGAUCGUGUGACUCGAAAGGUAUUAAAUCAGACUUGGCCAGAGAGGAGAAGAACAAUAGGGGGUAUUGAUUUUGAAAAAAUUGCAGCAUCUCAAGCUGAUGAAAAGAGGAGGUCAGCUGCAGACUUCAGAGACAGCUCUUUCGUCCAAACCAAGGAGAAACUUUCUGUCUCGGUGAAAGCAAUAUCAGCUCUCUAUCUGUCCAAAGCGGGAACCAAGGAAUCAGCAAACAGUCCUGUAAAAUUGGAACGAGAAGCGUCACGUGAAUCUGGGAAAAGAGUAAACCAAAUCAAGGUAAAGUGCAAUGUCACUGUGGUGUUGCAUGAUGUUAUGUCAGAAGACUCAAGUGUCCAAGAAAAGAAAGAGGACUUACCAUUACCUCCUUCAGCAAGACAUCAGCCAGAAUUAGAAGAAAGCUGUAGGAAAAAUUCUCCUCAACCUAUUUCGCCCCAGCUUUCCAAAGAAAUGUUAUACCAACAGAGGCAGAAAUGUGAACUGAGGCGUCUCCUGAAGCACACCCAUCCAGAGCUGAAGAUGCUGGAUGAUGUUGUGGAUGAAGAGCUUGCUGAAGUUUUGAGCUCAGAGAGGAUGACAGCUGACGUAACCGGAUACGAGGGAGAGGUCCUUUCGAAACGCUUGAUAUUUGAGAAGUGUGGCUCGAGUAACAAAUUGUCUCACUACACCCCCAAGAUGCACAUGGCAGGGGGAAGUGAGAAACAAUGUGAUUUUAGUAAAACGCUAGCUGUUCUGGAGGAAACAAAAGAAACGCCUCAUGCAGAAAGUGCUAAAGAGGUUAUGGAAGCUGAAAAAUCUCUUGGUAUUAGUCCAGACACUGACAGAGAGUGUGAGGAAGAGAUGGUCAGAAUAGACGUUCAGGCUACCAGAAGAAUAUUUGAGAGUCAGUCUGUUUCUAUUAAUGGGGAUGAGACAAAGGAAGUCCAAAAACAAAAAAAGCAAUUUGAAAUGGCUUGCAGUGAGAGUAUACAAAGAAAAAAUGAAAGCACAAGCAAUGAUUUAGCAAUAGAGCCCCGUGAACAACCAUGUCCUCAUGUCAGUCAAAGAACUAAACACAACUUCUCAUGUAACGAUGAGUUUUCCACUGAGGAAGCACUCUUUGAAGAGGAGUCUAUAAGCUUAUCCGAUUUGGAAAAGAAUGAUGAAAUUAUUAAAACAAGGGCAGCUCUUUUUCAAAACAACCCCUUUAUCUCCACCAACAUACAGAGAGAGCCCUCCGUUGUGCAUACAUCAAAAACUCAAAUCAUAAGCGAUAGUGGCGCAAGUGAGGACAACACCACCACCAAUGUUAAAAACAGAACCCAUCUUUUUGAAUCAAUGCCAUUUGACAAAAUUAGACGUCAGAACGAGGAUGAAAUUGAGACAAUGGUGGAGAACAUCAAGGAAACGCUGAAUUUCCUGUACCAGAUUAGAGUCAUCCAAUCGGUUGGCUCUAUCAUUGAGGUUAAUGAGACCAUGAUUGCUAAAAAAGCUAAGUUUACACUAUCAGAGAGUGGGCCUGAGAUAAAACAUGACGAGGUGGCUGAAGGCGGUGCGCAAAACUUCAUACUCCAGCUGCUACCACGGGUAAACCUAAAACCUCAGGUCACUUACCUAAAGGAGGACAUCAAAGGGGGUAUCGAGACCACAGCGGUGACGGCGCCUGUUCAGCAGCAUCAGUUCAAUGCGAACAAGGACACAGAGUUCAGAACUGCCAGUGUGGUUCAGCUUGUUGAGGAUAUUCUCAAUCAAGAUAACUCUCUGAGAAAAGGAGUGGUAAUCCAAGAGGAUGACAACAACUGUGCCAAAGUCAUUGUUUACUCCCUCUACAAAUACCAUAAUGAGAAGGAUGUGAAGAGCUUUGUCCCUCCAAAAUGUGCUGAAUGUGAUCAAUCAGAGCUGGAAAAGGGUGACAUGAGUAAAACAGGCCAUAAAGAAAUAACAAAAGUUGCUAAUAAGUCAGUCAAAGGGAAAGUAAAGGGGAGUGUAAAACUAUUCAAAAGCUGCAUUGAAAAGGGAGAUUUUGAGUAUUUAAAAAGUCUUCAGGCUGAGGAAGCAGUUCAAGAUCUCCCUGAAAACCACACUAUGGCUGGACAGGAAGUUCUUCAUGAAAAGGAAAGUGAUCAAGUGGAGGAAACUGCUGAGUGGGUACCCGUGGAUGAAAAUAAUGCAAGCAGUGAAUGUACUGAUGAAGCACAAGAGCAAGCAUGUUAUCCCAAAGUUGCGCCGCAGGAGUCCUAUCAAAAUUUUGAGAAACAAGAUCACGAACUUGGUGCCCACGAAGCUCAGUUAGUCGAGGUGGUAGAUGGGAAUGAAGAGAUCUCUAACCUCCAAACUGCACUGUAUCAGUCAUCACAAGAAAAACAAAAAGCUAUUAUUCAGGAAUCAUCCGAGGAACCCAUUCCCUCGGUUACAGCAGAUACUGUGAAACGCUCAAGAGUAGAAUUUUCUCAAGAAAACUUCACCUCAGCACAGAAAACAGAUUACCAGCACGAAAAUAUUGAGAGGAUCCACAAAGAUGCUACUCCUGAGGAAACAUACGCUCCUGAAUCAUGCAGCAACAAAGGUCAGGAAGGUGCAGGGGGGGCGCAGAAACAACCUUUAGAAACUCCUAUGGUCACUACACAAAGUUUGGAAACAAGUCCUGCACAACAGGAGGAUGAGGAAGUUGUUUUUCAUGGUAAAAUUAAAGCAGCUUUGGAAUCCUUAGAAAGAUCUAACGUUAAUGUCACAAGAGGAGAUUUUAAAGCAGCUAUGAUAUACAGAAACUCUUCAAAGCCUCACAGAGAAAAAGCCCAUCACGUGGAUGUGGUGUCUAUUCAAACGACCAGUGCUGACGAGCUUUUCACUGUGACUGAAACUGAAGCAAGUCAAAUAUCAGUGAAACAAGAGGCAACUGGAGCAAAUCCAGAGCCUCCACACCAAAACAAAACCCAGAGUAACCCAGCAACAAGACGUGUUUUAGAGAAAAGCAAAAAGCCUAUUGGUCCAAAACCAGCCAUUCCACCUAAACCAGAACAUCUGAAGGAGAAACAAAGCAAUAAUGAGUCAACCCAAAAUAAUUCUGAGCAAGACCUGACUAAAUUUAAAAGUGGCACAUGCAUAAUAUCUGAUUCAGUUCAAGGUCAUCAAAGAAAUCAGCCUUUGGGUGAGACUAUGUGGAUAUCUCAGGAAACUAAAGUCAGACAUCAAAUCCAAGGUGGUAAGAAAGAAACUGAUAACAUAGAUAAGAAUAUUAUUGUUGGACAACAGCAGAUGAAUAUCAAGGCGGAGGAGAAAAGAACCCAGGAUUUAGCAGCCAAAAGUGAUACGAGUGAAACAGAUGAAAGUCACAUAGAUUUCCAUGAUGCAUUUGAGAAAUUUGGAGGUAAAAAGACAAAGACUGCCCCUGUAAAGCCCAAAAGACUGAAAAUCCCCCAACCAGACAUCAAAAAUCUAAAACCACUGGCUGGAAAUAAAGAAAUGUCUGUUCUUGCACAUGUGGAUCCAGAUGUGGUAGAAAUUACAAGCAAUCAAUCAUGUGACACCUGUGGAGAAACCACUGACAGUCAAGACAAGCAUGAGAAAGAAAUCAAGAAGCAAGAAAGCAAAGUCGAGAUGAGGGAAAAGAAAGGGCGAACUGAGACUGACGACGAGCGCCGACAGCGUCUGUCAGUUCACAUGGAUGAGAUCGUGAGAGGGAACAUACCAGCAGCAAUGGAAAUAUUUGACAACUUACGAAAACAGCGGGAACUGCAGAGCUUUCUGAGCAGAGUUGAAGAAAUUGAAAAAGACACAAGUGAGGUUGAUGUAAGGUCUCUGAGGAGAGUAUUUGAGAACGUCCCCGAUUGGGUUGUCAGCUCUGACAAAAAGAAACAAAACAAGGUCAGAGCUGACAACAAAGACGAAAGGUUGCCAGUAUCAAGAGAAAGCGCUGAAAACAAGUCAUCGAUGGCACACGUUUUUGGAGAUCUUGAGCGAGCGAGUGUGGAAAUCACGACUCUUAAAGAGGAGACUUUAGCCAGAAUCCUCGAUGUAGAGGAAGCCAUAAAGAAGGCACUUUAUUCCGUCUCUACACUGAAAUCUGACUCAGAUAUUGCUGGUUUAUCACGUCUGUUCAAAGAAUCUUUUGGGGGUGUACAAGGAUCCCCAUCCUCUGGUGGUGUUAAUAAAAUUAGCAUUGGGUCAAGCAGAACAAAGUCACUGAAAAGUGCUACCAUGCAGGGAAACACAAUUAAUUCAGCUAGGCAAGAUGCGAGCACUGAUGAAGCCUCUGGAAAACCUCAGUCGAGUCCUCCAUCUUCACCUGCGUUUAUCACUAUCCAAUCAGCAGCUAGAAAGACAGAUAAAACCGACCUGGCACCACCAGAAGCUUUGAUCUGCCCGACAUGCCAGCAGAGCCAAAAGCUGGAGGAGACUUUUCGGACGUCAAAGACGCUGAUAUGCAACAGCCCUGCUCAAAACAGAAAUGACCCACGAAAAGAAGGUCAGAGACAAUCCACCUCCACCCCACUUAGUCCUCGACAGGUCAGCGUGCUCGAGGUUCACACAGACUGUGACGGGAACAGUAUCACAGGAACAAAAACAGUCACCGACAAACAUGAGAAGAUCGAAGGAUCCGGAACAAAGUUUUACUCUUCCAAGAGCUCCACUGUGGUCAACACUCAGCCAGAAACAGUGACAUCAUCUGCAAGGCAUGUCGUAAUCAGUCCAUCUACAAUUCAGGUCACCACAGACCCAGAAGUGAAGCUGCCAAUCAAUCAGACUGAUAAAUUGGUGCCCGAAUAG